UAAUUACACUGUUCAAAGCAAAUUAAGUUUAUUUCAGAAGACAUAAUUUAAUUUAUUGUCUGCUGUUUGUCAGGCAAUACCACCCAGCCUUAGUCUACAUGCAGACUUUCAUACACACUACAUACACACUCUUUCCCUCAGGAGUCGGAGGCUGCUUGCUCUCCCGCUGGCCUCAGACCCAAAUCAUAGAAAUGGAGAGAAGUUCCUCUUAUUCCUCUCUUCUUUCUGUUAUUUCCCCCCAUCUGUCUCUCCCUCUCUUGGCCGACUGCUGGGACAAACCCAUCCAUGCCUGGCUGGUCCUCUCUCUCAGCAGCUCCGUGUUGAAUAAAACAUGCGCGCCACACGCUGCUGCUCUUAGCUACUUGCAAAUCACAGCCACCUUGCCUUCUUCGCGCCUCUGGCAUCCCUCUCUUCCCUCUUCACUCUCCUCCCCUUUAUCUCAGCAGAUACAUUUCAGUCCAUUUUCCUCCCUCCGCUUUCUUCUCCUGAUCCUCCUCCCUUUCAGUUUUCCCUCCCCCAUUUUUCUCUCUCUUCUUUUCCCACUGCUCCCUCCUCCAUCUAAUAGCGCUCAUUCUCCCAGGUGAUCGGCUUUGAACCGAGCGCUUCCCCCUCUCAUAUGAGAGCCGUGAGUGGUUGACUGCACUGACUGCGCUCCCAAAGCUCUCCAGGCAACACCCCCUCCCUACAGUCUGUACAGUAGAGGCAGAAGAAGAAGUGUGCAAGACCUCACUAUUGUCUUUGCUGCUCCCCGCCACACUAGCACAUAGAGACAGAGAGGAUGGGCAGAAAGUGAGGAGAGAGGAAAGACUGUACAAGAAAGGUAGAAUAGAAAGAGGAGAGGAGAGGUAAGUUCCCCGAAAAGCGUUUUCUGUCACACCCCGGAUGAUGACACCCACAGGGCGAGGCAUGCCUGUGACAGUAGCAGCCCUCCAGAUGGUAGUUUGGGUGAAGCCAGCCCCUCCACCCCUGUUUUAGCAGCACAUGGAGCUCUGUCUCUUUUGGGAAUACACCAAUGGACGAUUCCAGCAAUAUUCGCAGCCUGAGCCCAGAGAAAGUGGAGAAAUGUAUGAGCUCCAUGCAGAUGGGGACCCAGAUGGUGAAGCUCCGCGGCGGCUCCAAGGGACUGGUGCGCUUCUUCUAUCUGGACGAACACAAGUCCUGCAUCCGCUGGAGGCCCUCGCGCAAGAACGAAAAGGCCAAGAUCUCCAUCGACUCCAUCCGGGAGGUGCGUGAGGGAAAGCAGUCUGAGAUCUUCCAGCGCUACGCAGAAGGCAGCUUCGACCCCAACUGCUGCUUCAGCCUGUACUACGGAGAGCACAUGGAGUCCCUGGACCUGGUGUCCGGCACUGGAGAGGAGGCACGAACCUGGAUCACAGGCCUCAAAUAUCUGAUGGCUGGCAUCAGUGAUGAGGACAGCCUGGCCAAGAGGCAGCGCACCCGAGACCAAUGGCUGAAGCAGACCUUCACUGAGGCUGAUAAGAACGGCGAUGGCAGCUUAAGCAUCAGCGAGGUCCUGCAGCUCCUGCACAAACUUAAUGUCAACCUGCCCCGGCAGAAGGUCAAACAGAUGUUCAAGGAGGCAGACACAGAUGACAAACAGGGGACGUUGGACUUUGAGGAGUUCUGCUCCUUCUACAAGAUGAUGUCGACUCGCAGAGAUCUGUACCUCCUCAUGCUCACCUACAGCAACCUCAAAGACCAUCUCGACACAGACGACCUGGCCCGCUUCCUGGAGACUGAGGAAAAGAUGACCAAGGUGACCAAGGACCAUUGCCUGGAGAUCAUCAACAAAUUUGAGCCGUGCUCUGAGAACCAGAAGCAAGCAGUGCUGGGAAUCGAUGGUUUUACAAAUUACAUGCGCAGCCCAGCGGGGGACAUCUUCAAUCCUGAACACUACAACGUGAACCAGGACAUGAACCAGCCGCUGUGCAACUACUUCAUCGCCUCCUCACACAACACCUACCUGAUGGGUGACCAGCUGAUGUCACAGUCCAGGGUGGACAUGUACGCCUGGGUGCUGCAGGCCGGCUGUCGCUGUGUAGAAGUGGACUGUUGGGACGGUCAGGACGGUGAGCCCAUCGUCCACCACGGCUACACCCUCACCUCCAAGAUCCUCUUCAAGGACGUCAUCGAGACCAUCAACAAGUACGCCUUCGUCAAGAACGACUACCCAGUCAUCCUGUCCAUAGAGAACCACUGCAGUGUCCCUCAACAAAAGAAGAUGGCCCAGUACCUGAUUGAGAUCCUGGGGGACAAACUGGACGUGUCCAACAUCAAAGCUGAUGAGUCUGGAUGGCUGCCGUCACCAGAAACACUCAAAGGCAAGAUCCUCGUCAAGGGGAAGAAACUGCCUCCCAACAUCGACGAGAACGCAGAAGAGGGAGACGUGUCUGACGAGGACAGUGCUGAUGAGAUGGAGGACGACUGCAAGCUGAUGAACGGAGAUUGGAAGACGUCCGCCAACAGGAAGCAGGUGGAGAACAUGGCCAAGAAAAAGCUGGACAACCUGAUGAAGGAGUCCAAGAUCCGCGACAGGGAAGACCCAGACAGCUUCACCAUCGCAGCCCUCCCUCCUGCUGGGAAGCCCACCGACAAAACUGGCUCUAAGAGUAAAAGCGAGGAUGGGACGGACACAGCGGACGAGGCUAAUCCCAGCAGCAACAAGCGUACAGGCCGCUCCUUCAUGGGGAGCUUCUCUAAACGCAAGAAAAAGACAACCAAGCUGAAGAAGACGUCGAGCUUCGAAGACACAGAUACAGACCAGGAGAGUACAAGUAGCGCCUCCCGUGUGCCCUUGCACCACAGCAAAAAGAAGAAGACCAUGAAGUUAUCCAGAGCUCUGUCUGAUCUGGUCAAAUACACGCGGUCUGUGGGUCUCUAUGAUAUCGAGGCACAAGCCAGCUGCAGCUGGCAGGUGUCGUCGCUCAGUGAGACCAAAGCCCACCAGGUGAUGCAGCAGAAAGCUACGUCCUUCAUCAGCUUCAACCAGCGACAGCUCUCCCGCAUCUACCCUUCCUCUUAUCGCGUGGACUCCUCCAACUUCAACCCCCAGCCCUUCUGGAGCGCCGGCUGCCAGCUUGUUGCACUCAACUACCAGUCAGAGGGCCGGGUCCUCCAGCUCAACAGAGCCAAGUUCUACAGCAAUGGCAACUGUGGCUACAUCCUCAAGCCUGCCUGCAUGUGUGAAGGUGCCUUUAACCCCAACCUGGAGGACCCGCUGCCGGGUCAGAUGAAGAAACAGCUGGUGCUGAAGAUCAUCAGCGGACAACAGCUGCCCAAACCCAAAGACUCUAUGCUGGGAGACAGAGGAGAGAUCAUCGAUCCCUUCGUGGAGGUGGAGAUCAUCGGCCUCCCAGUGGACUGCUGCAAGGAGCAGACCAGAGUGGUGGAUGAUAACGGGUUCAACCCCAUGUGGGAGGAGACUCUGGUGUUCACGGUCCACAUGCCGGAGCUGGCCCUGGUGCGUUUCCUCGUGUGGGAUCAUGACCCCAUCGGCCAGGACUUCAUCGGCCAGCGCACCAUCGCCUUCAACAGCAUGAUGCCAGGUUAUCGCCAUGUGUACUUGGAAGGUAUGGAGGAGGCUUCCAUCUUUGUUCAUGUAGCUGUGAAUGACAUCACUGGUAAGGCCAGAGCAGCCAGCGGCAUAAAAGGGCUGUUUCACAGAAACCCAAAGCAGGCUUCUCUGGACAGCCAUGCUGCUGCGCAGCACAGCCGUAAGCACCCGUUUGGUGCCCACCUCCUGCGCCGCACUGCCAGCGCACCCACCAAAGGCCAGCCCAAAAUCAAGAAGGGCUUCCCAGAGAUCGCCAUCGACACCAAAGACUACAGCUCAGAAGGAGCUAGUGAGGAGCAAGAGUCUGAGGAUAGGGACAAGGCCUCUGCUGCCGCCUCUCACCAGCCCACAACACCACAACACCGCAACGGGGACUCACUGGCAUCCCACCAAGCCAAGGGCCCCUGGGACCAUCCUGACACCAAUGGGGCUUUUCACCCUGAGGAGGGUAAAGACUGUUCCACAGCGCAGAGACCAGCUUCCCCUCCUCCAUAUCUUGCACUAAACUCUGAAGACGCCAGGAACACUCGUUUCAUCCGUUCUGUCUCCGCUCCAGAAGAGAGCCUGUCUUCACAUCUCUCUUCAUCUACACCACUGCACUCACCAUCCACAGCAAUAAAUGCACACUCCCCAAUGACCAUUCCUUCAAAUGGCGUGGUGGACAGUCCUAUCAAGGUGAGUGGAGACCCUGAGAAACCUCCUACCCUUCCCAGAACCACGUCACUCUCUCUGACGAACCCUGCUGAGAAAACUGUACCAUCACAGUGUAGUCAAGACACCCAGACCAACAGAAGCCCUCAUUCAGUCAUGGAGCACACACCAAACCACAGGGAAAACCAAGAAACUCUGACAGAAAUGAAAAAUGAUACAGCACCGUUAAAGUCUGACCACAGAGCGCAGCAUUCUGCUGCAGCAGUGUCCACUGGAACCCCUGCUGUCCCUACAGCUCAGACAACCCAGGCCAGGAGAGCACUUUUUAGCAAUUUGUCUUCACACACACCUGUAAGAAGAACAAAAAGUAAGGGCCAAGUGAGAGCCUCAGCUGGGCAGGCCCAGUCAGCAGUACCAGAGGUCUGCACGGAUGCUACCAUGAACGACCGCCUUUGGAGCAAGUUGGAGCCAAGCAGCCACCGAGACAGCAUGUCCUCCUCCUCUAGCAUCUCUUCUAGUGACACCGUCAUUGACCUGUCCCUGCCUAACCUGGCCAGGAAGAGCCUCACAAGCCUGCCCACAGCCAGCAGCACCUGCGAUCCUCCCUGGGUCAACUGCCGUCACUCAGCAUUGGUCUCCUACGAUGCUCUGCGAGUCAGCAAGAGCAAGUCAAACCCCAAUCUUCAGCAAAGUGAGUGCCCGAACGAUGAGCUUAAGCCCCGCCCCCUGCAGCCCCCCCAGGAAGCUUCUAUGGACUCACCUAGCAGACUGACUCAAAGAAGGCACACCUGGAGCCGGCUCUACAUGGAAGGGCUCAAGCAGUCAUCAGCAAGCAGGCCGUCUCCUGCAGCGAAAACCCCAGUAACUACAGCUUCCAUGUCCAAAAGCCUCGGGGAUCUGACCUCUGAUGACAUUUCCUGUAACUUUGACAGUAAGUACCGCAGCAUCAGCCGCAGCUUCAUUGUUAGGCCAACCCGGGACCAGCUCCACAAGGGCAGCCCGCAGAAGUCUCGACCACCCAGCGACCUGACGGAGCAAUUACGUAAGCUGACUGAUGUAGAGCCCCUGACUGCUAGCGACUUCGCCCCAGGAAACAGGCCUAGCGAGUCACAGGAGGAGUCUAUGGAUGAGACCCUGGUGCGAAGGACCUCUUCGAGGAGCCAAAGCAGGGUGCGGUACAUUGCAAACAGGGCCAAGAAGGCCCAGGAACGACAGAGGCUCCAGGGCCUGGUCCAGGGCAGAAGUGCAAGCUUUAGCCUUACUGGUAGCAUUGACAGUGGAAGUAGUUCUAGCCCCAUUGAGGAGCGGGGGAACCCCGAAGGGGCAUGUUGCGUGGCGCGGAGUCCCUGCACCAGCCUGGACCUGCUGAGUCAGCUCACCCCCCUAGGAACCCCCUCCCCUAGAGAGUCCCAGUCCUCCCCAGACCCCGAAAACAGUGAAGUCUUUUUCAUGCUCAAACUCUAAGAACUGGCUGACUUGGAACUGAGCGUGAGAGACACAGCUAGAAACUUGUUUGGAAUACAGUCCAUUUUUUCUCAAGUAGAAAUCUUUUUUUCUAAGAAAUUGCAUAUCUUGCAGAAUAUCUCACAGAAAACUGGUUCACAAUGCAGAUUAUUUCAACGUCUCACAGAAAACUGUGUUCCACUGAGUUAGUAAUCCAUGAACAAUCAAUUCUACAUCUUGAGGUUGUGCAAGAUCCAUUUUUUAACCUGUGCGUUCAAAAAACAUUGUCUAAAAGCUACUGGAGAGCAGUUCUUCUAAAAGCAACUACUACAGCUCUGUCAUCUGUUUGCACCAAAUGUUAGAUAAUUGCCAGAAUGUAUUUAGUGAAAAAUACCUGGGGUUUUUAUAUGGCUGUUUAUGUUGACUGUGAUCUACUCUCAUGUUUGAGUAUUGUUUGGAACUUUACAUGAGCAUACAGUAGCAAUAGAUCACGACUAGAGGACAGGAUUUUAAAUGAUCCAUUAUUUUUAUUUACUUAAACUGUAAUGGUAUACUUUAACUGAGUUGAAAAUUAGAAACUCUAUGUCAAGGCAUUAUUAUCAGCCCAUCCAUACACUAGCAAUAUUUUGAAAAUGAUGGCAUGGUAUCAUAUUGAAGAUAAUGUACAGUUUGAUGCUAAAAGCUGAGGCUUGUCACAUGUCUUUGCUGAAAAAAUGGAAAGGAAUUAUUCCCACAAUGCAGGACAAAAGGUCUUCAUUUUUAGUAUUCCUUGUGUAGUGGUUACAUUGUAAUUUGACCGAACUGCCAAUAUUUUGCUAACCUUCCUGAUCUGUGGCAUGUCACAGCACUGAGAAUCCUGUACUUUAAAGCCGUGUUAGACUACUCCAUACCAAGUUUAGCCCUUUUUAGUUGCCUGCAUGACCUUUAUGCACUGUAAUGUUUCUCCUAAGGCUGUGCUUUAUUUUACAAAGACUUUUGAUAUGAAGAUUUGUUAAUAUUGCAAACUUCUUUUUCGGAUCGUCUGAUGGUGAUCACAAGAGCAGCAUGUCUGAAACCCCGCGUUCUCAUUGGUCCGUGGUAAUAAUACAAGAUGGAAAUGAUCUGUAUCGAAGCACGUUUAUUUGUCGGCCUGCUGUAUUGUUUGCACUGCCAAGCCAGUUCUUUGUGCAAAAUUUUAGGGACAAUAUUUAAUUCAAACAAUGUGUAAUUAUGACCUGAAUAAAUCUCAAAUGCAUAUUA